AUGGCCCAAAACACUACCGGUGCCAGUGCAACUGGCGAUGCAGACGCAAACACUGGCUUCUGGAAGGAACUCGACUCAUGGAAGACACCCGUCACCAAGGAGGUUGGUCCUACAGUGGAAGUCGGAUCUAAAGCGCCGUGGUCUCAAUAUCUCCGUUUACCAGAUGGAAGGCCUACACUAGUAGUGUUCCUCCGCCACUGUGGAUGCCCUUUUGCUGAGAAAACCUUCAGAUCUCUUACCGACCUCUCGGGCAAGGUCCCAAAUGUCCACUGUAUUGCUGUCUCCCACUCAUCGGAAGAAGCCACAGACAAUUGGCUGCCUCAAGUCGGUGGUACUUGGAACGUUGACAUGGUGAUCGACGAGCAGCGAGAUCUGUAUGCCAAAUGGGGCCUGGGUAUUUCAUCGACAUGGCAUGCAGUGAACCCCUUCACAAUGUGGAACGUAUUCAGCCUCGGCAAGAAUGAGGGCAUAUGGAACAGACCAACAGAGAGCGGCUCACGAUGGCAGACAAGCGGAGCGUUUGCUGUCGACCGUGAUGGAACUAUACGUUGGGUGCAGGUGGCGAGAACAGCAGAUGAUAUGCCUGAUCUCAAGGCGGCCAUGACUGCACUUGGUUUUCCACCUCCAGAAAACAAACGCCGUUCUAGGCACGAUCUUUAA